GUUAUCACAGCAGAUCAUCUGCCUCCAUCCUUCACUACAACCACGAACCUUCUCUUAAGUCUUCCUCUUUAACUGCUGCCUGGCAGCUCCAUCUUCAACAUCCUUAGUUCAAUAUAUCCCCACUCUGCACACGCCCAGACCAUCUCAACCUUGCUUUUCUUUGUCCCUAAAUUUCUCAUCCUGAGCUGUCCCUCUGAUGUACUCAUUUCUAAUCUGGUUCGUCUUCAUUUCAGCCACCUUCAGCUUGGCCUCCCUCUGAACUGUAUUUCAUAGCAGGUCCUCUGUAAGUCUUUCCAUUCUCUCUUGCUAUCUUUCUGUCACAAGUCACCCCUGACACUUUUCUCCACCUGCUGCACAAUACCUGCACUGCUUUCCUCACCUCUCUGCCCUUUGGUUUGGAUAGUUGACCCCAGGUAUGUAAACUCAUCCACUUUCACUCCCUCUACUCUUUGCACCAUCACUGUUAAACCUAAUCUGUUAGCCUGUCCAUCACCACCAUAAAGAAAAAGGGGGGUCCUUGAUACAAUGCUACCUCUACAUUGAACCCUUCUGUCACUUCUACUGCACACCUUGCCACGGUCUGUUUCUUGUACGUGCACCACUGUCGCAUACUUCUGUCACUCCUGAUUCCCCUCAUCUAUUUUGAUUCUUAUAUACACCGGGGUAAAACAAUUUGAAUCCACCCCUAAACCACCUGGCGUUGCUUCCCUUCUACCUGGUCUCCUGCUCACACAGUAUCUUCCAGUCAUAGUUCCUACUCUUAAAGUCCCUCCUCUCACCUCCACACUCCUGCCUUUCCUUCUUUCUAGCUGCCUCUGAAUACACCUUCCGCCUCUCCUCUUCUAUUGACUUUGGCGAACAAUAGCACAGUUCUGACCGGCACCCUGUUGGCCAACAGCACUGGGUUAUUAACCCAGGCCCAGACCGAUCACAUUUUUGAUGAUUCCCGUGUUUGAUUUGGCAAGGAUUUUAUGCUAGAUGCCCUCCCUGAUGCAACCCUCCCCAUUUACCCGGAGCAGCACUAAGAGUAUACUGGCUUGUGGCCCCCUGUGGCUGGGUUUAUAUAAAAGUUAACAAGGAUCAUAAUAAUACAUUUUAAGAUCCAGCUACCAUUUCUCAAAUGCCUUGGGUGCAAGCUGCAAUUUGCAAUGCAAGAUUAGUUUCUUACUGUUCAGAAUGUACACUUAAGGAUAUCCAUGACUUCAAAAUGUAAGAACACAAUGCUCUCUGAUUCCAUUAUUAAAAGCCCCACCGAGGAUCACACUGGACUCUUCAAGGAGACACUGACCUUUUCCCUUUAAUAGUUACCUCCAGACUGUCACUUAUCUGCUUUUCUAAUGUUAUUAAAUCUGUUGUUGAGAAUCAAAUAUCUCUUUAAAAGCUUCAAAUUGGCCAGUUUAUAUUUCCUGGUAUACUCUCACUGGUCAGUUUGUUAGUUAGCUGUUUAACUGCUCAUUAACACAUGUAGAAUCAGUCAAUAACAUGACAGCAGCUCACUGCAUUUAGACAUCUAGACAAGGUCAAGAUGACCUACUGAAGUUCAAACUGCAUUGCAGUGGAUUUAUGUCUCUGCAUUAAAUCAAUGCCAUAGAUUGUAACUGGAAACCCUUCUAAAACCCUGUACUAUAACCUAUGCUACAACUUGAUGUGUGCCUCCACACUAACGUCUGGUCUGAGUGUUUCAGAAGCUGCUGAUUUAUUGGGAUUUUCCCACAUAACCAUCUCUAGUGUUUACAGAAAUUGGCCAGACAAAAAGAAAACAUCAGGUGAGCGUCAGUUUUCUGGGCCAAAAUGCCUUGUUGCUAUCAGAGGUUCAGAGGAGAAUUGCCAGUCUGCUUCCAACUAAUAAGAAGGCAGUAGUAACUUAAGUAACCACUCUUUACAACCAAGAUAUGCAGAACAGCAUCUCAACAGCAGCACAAGACUACACUGGGUGCCACUCCUGUCUGCCAAGGACGGGAAACAGGCUACAAUUCACACAGGUGCACCAAAAGGGGACAAAAGAUUUGAAAAACAUUACCUGCUCUGAUGAGUCACGAUUUCUGUCGCAACAUCCAGUUGGUGGUUGGUUUCCUGUCUUGUAUUAACAUUUCAGGCUAGUUGUGGUGGUGUCAUAGCAUGGCACAGUUUGGCUCUUUCAGUGUCAACUGAGCAUCAUUCUGAUACCAUACCCAAUCUGAGUAUGCUGGCCCUAGUGCAUCCAUCUUUUGAUGCCUACUUCCAGCAGGAUAAUGUGCCAUAUCACAAAGCUCAAAUCAUCUCACACUUCCUGAAUAUGCUAUUCAAAUGACCUCCACAGUUACCAGCUCUUAGUCCAGUAGAGCACCUUUGGGAUGUGGUGGAAUGGGAGAUUGACAUCAUGUCAAUAUGAAUUUAUACCACAAAGAAGAAAUGCAGUUCUGGAGGCAGAAAAGACUCCAACCUGGUAGUUGCAAAGUGUAACUAAUGAAAUGCCAAGUGAGUGUAUAGUACACAUUUGGGACACAGGUAAAAACAACACUGUGCUUCUGCCCUUACUCUGUUUAUUUGAAAUUUAGUAACCUUGAACGAGGUACAUGGCAUCCCUCAAUAAAGAUGUUACAAACCUCUAAAGCUUCAGUAAAAAGGCUUCUCCGCACCUAAUUCUUGUGUUAGUGCUUACAGUUUACUAAUCCUUCCCUCAGUACUUGUGAUUUUAUGCAUUUCCUGUUCCAUUACAAUCCACCCACUGGCUAGUUUUUAUAAUCGGCCCCGUGUACCAUAUGGUUUCUUCAUUCACUCUCCCCCAGUUUUUCCUCCUCUUUUAGUGCUUCGUGUUUAGAGGUUCACUUGCUCUCAGUUCCCUUCUCAGGAAGGUAAACAACAUGGCAACCAGAGUUUCAAGGACGUCUGUCCAAACACAGCAACCCUCAUAGAGAACUGUCCUGUCAUAGUUGUAUGUCACGGAUGGUGGUUCCUCCUUGAUCUUUACAAAAAGGAAACUUGUUUUCCACCUGCUAAUGCUUGUAUGCUACCCAAGUAAACAAGAAGGGGAUGUUUGAGUUGUGCAAUCAUUCUGUUGUCUUCAACUGAGACUAAUGCAGAGUUUUGAGUUUCCAGUUUCCAUUUGGCCCGGAAUGAAUAAUAUAUAUCAAGGUUAAUGGACCCGUGUAAUGAAUAACAUUUCUGAGAAGUAAGUUAUUGUACCUCAACAUCUGUAACAGCUCAUCAAGGAUGGGUUAUCUAUAUCAUUACUCUGUCAAUAAGUGGCUACAGCACACAACAUAGAUAAAUCGCAAAGGAGUGCCGCUGACUAAAUGUAAAACAGAAAAGGACGACGAUAAAUCUGUUAAGCCAUGAGGUUGAUCCGAAGUAUCUGUGCAUAAAGAGUUCAAGGAGAGUGACGGUGGCACCAUAAAGACAAAAGAAGAGGAGCAGUUUUAAAACAAUCUGAAAUAUACAAUAUUUAACCUUUAAUUUAUUCAAUGCCUCUGCUCUGCAACGACCCACAAAACAAGCGUUACAAAGCCAGGUGGCAUUAUCCUCCAUCCUAUCACACAGACAUACAGCUGUGUUAUCAGUUUAAAGUCUGGAGUAGUAAGCAGCAAAAUAUUUGUUAAAUAAAACACUCGAAUGUAUCAGAGAUCACAAAACCACAAACUGCUCAUCCUCAUCUGCUGAGAUAAGUAUAUGUGACACAUUAAAGGGGAAACAUUUGCCUGUUCUUAGAUAAUCAGAAAUCUGGAUACUAUUAAAUGUUACCUCACAUUUACCCCGAUUGUGAUCAAAACCAGAAUAAGAUUCAAAUCCGUAAUACCAACGAUGAUAACAUCAUGAAAUUAUAUGUAACAUGAUCAAAUAUUCACGCUUAUUCCCGGCACAUGAAUGGAUUUAUGUUUGACUAAUCAGUCUGUAACGAUUAGUCAGCAAGGUCAAGAACUGAAUGAGAUCAGAGCUAUUGUGUAAUUUUACUGACCUUAUUUGCUCGAUGCAGCUUGUAUUUAUAUGAUUUUAUUUUAUAGUUCCUUAAAAAAAUGAAUGCAUUUAUUAUUUUCAAAAUCUGGAUCACAAAUCUCUCGAAACAAGAUUUUCCUCAUUGAAAACUGGUCUGACGUCCUAUGUAAAUGUGAAACGUCUCUUACAUUUUGUCUGAGAAUACUUUAUUAGUAAUGAAGCUCAUUAAGCAUGAGCAUCACUAAAAGCAUCUCUGCAGGGUAUGAUGGCCAGACUCCCUGUUAAACAUGUAUUUAAAAAAACAAAAGAAAGCAAUAAUAAUAAUAAGUUCAGAGCCCGUGCUGGCAGAGACCCUGUGGGAAGAGAAUUUGUCUGAGGAUUUAGUUUGCUGGCAUGCGCUCUGAGUGCCAUGUUCUUGUACGUAUCUGGGAUAUUUCAGAACAAAAAUCAAGUAUUCGAUGGAAUAAAAUCUAAACUAUUUGGGUCAUAACACAGCUAGAACACUGCAGGGUCAGUAAGGCGAUAUGGCAGCGUCAUACCAUGAAGCCGCUUUUCAGGGCAGACGAUUCGUGGUUUCCCAUGCCAGCUCACAAAGCUUCCUUCCUUCCUCUUCAUUCUCAUCCAAAUGAUGCAAAUUAUAGGAAGUGCUUUUUACAGAUAAAACCUUUUUAAAAGCUUUACCCUUUGAUGCGGCUGCAAUUCAGAUGAAGCUGAUAUGUUUCCUACAGUUGGCCCUCAGGCCUCCAUCUGAUCUGGCUGCAAUGGUUUUACAUAAUCAUGUUAAACUGACAGUCCGAGGACGAUGCCAUUCAAAUUUUACAAUCACAAGAAAUUACAGAUUCUAAAUGGGUUGUAAAUAAUUAAUUUUUAAAUUAUGAGUCCCCACAUGUAAUUCCAAGUCAGGAUGUAGGACGGCAUUCAUACUUGCACUUGAUAGCCAUGGAAAGCCCAGUUAUGGUUCAUUUGCCUAUGGUGAUCUUUAAAACACCUAAAACCCCCUAAAACCCGGGGUCACUCAUGAUCAAACUGAGAAAAGCAGAUAUUACCAACUGAAUGAGAACAGUUUAUUUUAGGUUCCUGGCAGUGACGCUUACAGGAAUACAGAAACCACCAUCACCAUAGUUCUCCAGGCUUUCCAAAGAUCUUUCCAAGUUUUUCUUUUGACUUUGGCUGGUUUUUCAUUCAUUGUCAGUCCAGUCCUUGUACCUGACCAUUUUCAUAGGAAUGUUCUUUUUGUUAGUUAUAAACAGUGUGUCGCAAAAAUGUGCUCCCAUUUCUUCAGCUGAAUAAUCAUAAUAAAAUUGUCAAAGAUAACACAGUUUGACCUAAAACAGUGUUUUUUCACCAACAAGGUGAUUUCCAGAUACAUGUUAGCUGAAAAUCUGGUAUAUCCUUGGCGUUCUGUGCCAUGAAAAAAACGAGGAAACUGUCAAGUAGAGGACAAAAGAAGUGUCGGGUCUAAAGAUUUAUCUGGCUCUGUCAUGAUUUGGUGCUCUGUUGUUGCCAAUAUUGCUCGGGAUCUUGUCAAAACUGAUGUAAUUAUAAACACAGAAAAGUAACAUAAGAUUUUGUUCAACAUGUAAAACCAUCUGGAUUGUAUCUGAUUGACAGUGGUUUAAUUUUUCAGCAUGGCAAUGAUCCCAAGCACACUGCCACUGCAGUAAAAACAUAGAUAGAUAGAAAAACACACAUGGAUCACUAUGAGCCAUGGAUUGGCCUCCCCAGAGCCUGGACCUCAGCAUUACUGAAGUAGUGUAGGAUCAUCUUGACAAAGAACAAAAGGCAGCCAAGAAAAAGAAGCCAAGAAGAACUUUGAGUGUCCUUCAAGAAGCCUGGAGAAUUAUUCCUGAAGAAAUUACAAGUAGGCUUGCCUGAGAGUGUUCAGGCUGUGCCGGAAGGAGGCCACACCAAAGAUUGACGUUCAAGCACUUACUAAACGCACAUGCGUCUUAUAUACUUUAUUUCCGUGGUUGUUUACACGUUUUUCAACAGAUUUCCAAUUUUCCUUUCAAAACAUAACGAAAUCGAGAGUGGUCCAAGACUUUGCGCAGAGCUGUAAGUCAUGAGAUAAAUUAUCCUCACAAUGACCUGAUGGCUCUUUUUAACAAGUAGCAGCACUAUUUGUUUUGUCUUUUAAUAACAGUGAAUUACCGGCAUUUAUAAGCAAAUUAUGACCGAACAGAAAAUACUUCCAGCCAAUGGACAGUGGUGGAUGAACUAAUCUCGAAAGCAUCGGCAAAUUAUUUAUUAACCAUCACAAAUCCAAUAAUUACAACUUAUCGAUCCCCGUGUGUGGUCUCGAGCCAUAAUAAUGACCCUGGAAUUGGCGUAGGCAUAAAAAGUUUUUCCUUUUAAUUUCGUCAUUUUUGUUAUAACUGCUGAUGGUCCACUUACGCGCUUGAUUCGUCUGAAGCGUUUUUUCUUAUCUAAGCCAAACGUAAAUGACUCAUUAUAAUCCCACCGCCUGCCGCUGGCUGUUUUGACAGACCGCUGAUUUACAAUAUUUGUAAAUGUCCCCCUGACAUUAGUCUGCGCACUGUGCGCUCUGUGUGCCAAGAACAUAGUCUGCUUAAGGGAAGCUGGCGAGUGGGGAGAGACAGUAAUUUUUUCCUCUGGUCCUAAGGGGUCUCCUUCUCUAUAUAAGGCUCUCAGAGUUGCUCAGGAGUUACACAGUCUCUAUGUUCCUCAGGAACACCACCAAUAGCAGCAGCCUGCUCCUCUCAUAAGAGAAUUAACAGCUUUCCGGCGCUCAGAGAGAGCUGCACCGAAAAUACUCAAUCUACUGGAUACUAACAAAGAAACAGAGAGCCUCGUGGUGAGCUGGAGAUGAGGUCAGUCCGUUUUUGGAUCAGACAGAAGCUCCAGAAGUUGAAAAAGGAGUCAAGUUUACAUAGACGAGAUGUCGAUACAUUUUAUCUGGAACUGUGAAAGGAGCCUCUCUAUAUCCACAAGUUGCUGUCUAGUCAUAAAGUAUAAACUACGCAGCUCAAGUGUCAGGAUGACCUGCGCUACAAUGACCUGGCCCCUUGUCCUCGUCCUCGUGCUGUUGUGCAUCAGAGACUCGGCUUCCCUCUUCCUGCCAGACUCCAGUGAGCUCAGGAAGCUACUGAGCCGCUAUGGGGAGGAAGCAGAGCAGAAAGGCACCAGCAACACAGCUGGUAACAGGACCCGCCGAGCCAUCCUCUGGUCGGACCGUGAGGAGAUCCUGCAGCUGCACAACAAGCUGAGGGGUGGGGUUUACCCCACUGCUUCAAACAUGGAAUACAUGAUUUGGGAUGAUGAGUUGGAGCGAUCUGCCACUCAGUGGGCAGAGGAGUGUCAGUGGGACCAUGGACCUCAGGACCUGCUCAUGUCUAUUGGACAAAACCUGGCAGUUCACUGGGGCAGAUACCGUUCACCUGCCUUCCACGUCCAAUCCUGGUACGAUGAAGUGAAGGACUACACCUAUCCCUACCCUCAUGAGUGCAAUCCCUGGUGUCCAGAACGUUGCUCUGGGCCAAUGUGCACUCAUUACACCCAGCUGGUGUGGGCAACUACUAACCGAGUGGGCUGCGCUGUGCACGUGUGCCCAAGGAUGAACGUGUGGGGAGAAAUAUGGGAGAAUUCUGUUUACCUUGUGUGCAACUAUUCCCCAAAGGGCAACUGGAUUGGAGAGGCCCCAUACCAGCAUGGCCGACCUUGUUCCCAGUGCCCUCCAAGCUAUGGAGGAGGAUGCAGAAAUAACCUUUGCUACAAAGACUCUCAGCAGCCAGAGAUUGAAGACAUGAAUGAGGUGGAGAAGCCUCAGGUCCCACUGCCACCUCGUACCACUGCCAGACCUAAAACUAUUGCUCCAAAGAAACCAGUGUCCAGACCCUCCAGUCCCAAGAACCCUAAUCCCAGGACAACGCCUUCAAAAACUCCCAGCAGCACUUAUCUUGCUCACAAUAUUAAGUGUGAGACAAGACUGCGAGAUAAGUGCCGCAGCUCAACCUGCAGCAGAUACAACUGUCCUGCUAACUGUGUGCAUAAGAAAGGAAAAGUUUGGGGAACUGUCACUUAUGACGUGCAAUCAAGCAUUUGCCGAGCUGCUAUCCAUCAUGGUGUGAUUGACAACAACGGAGGACUGAUCGAUAUCUCGAGAAUGGAUAAGUUACCAUUCUUUGUCAGAUCUACAAAGAAUGGCAUUGAGUCUCUCAGUAAAUAUAAAGCUGGAAAUGCCUUCACAGUGGCCAGAGUGAAAGAAAUGACAGCUGAUUGUUACACCACAGUGGCUGAAAUCUGCCCUUACAAAGAACCAAACUCACACUGUCCAAGAGUCUUCUGUCCAGAGAACUGCAAGGCUCAGCCCUCAUACUGGUCACCUGUUAUUGGAAACAAGAUUUACACAGAUAACUCCAGCAUUUGCAAAGCAGCCAUCCAUGCAGGCGUAAUCAAACCCAAUGGCGGUUUUGUUGAUGUUUUGCCUCUGGACAAGAGAAAGAGCUACACAGGAGUCCUGAAAAAUGGCAUCCAAUCUGAAAGCAGAAGCAACAUGGAGGGAGGAUCCUUCCGAGUCUUUGCUGUGAGGCAGUGAGACUUAAAUUUAGUAAUCUGAAGACCAACAGAGUCACCUCAGCUGCUCUCGAAGAGAAGAAAGUGCCCAUAGCUUUGAUGCCAUGGCUGUUUGUCUGUCCCAUCUGGUUGACAGAAACUUUCCCCACUCAGUUAACAAACAGUAGUUAUACAGUAAAAUUCAUCCAGCCAUCCAACACAUUGAUAGUCCUUCAUGUUUCUUCAUCUUUUCUUAGACUUACAUAAUCUGUGAAUACAGAAUUUUUUUUAUAAAUAUAUUAUAUAAAAUGCAUUGAACAGCUGGUGCUGGAAGUUUUGAGUUAGACUUGUUUUACAGAAAGCAAUAUGUUUACAUUGGUGUUCUUAUUACAAGUGUCAUUUGUUUUUCAUAGAAAGGAAUGUAUCCAGAUCACACUGUAUUUAAUCAUUGUGUACAGAAUAUAUUAUAUUUUGUUUGUUUUAAGAAAUAAUAACAUGUUUAAGUUCUAGCCAUUUAAAAAAAAAAAUAUAGCCCUCUUCUUCAUCAUUGCUUUUCUAAUUCUUAGCAGCAAAGUCCAAGUUUAGUGUGAGCAAAGAUGUUUUGCUGGUUUGGUAGACCUGAAAUUUUGAAGCAGAUACAAAUAUUCUGCGAAAUGAAUGUGUAUAAAGGCAGCAGGCACUGCUGGAGAGAAGUAAUAUUUUCCUUAAGAAGACGAGUGUUGCUUCAGUGCCUGCCAUGUGGAGGUGUUCGGUUAAUGGAGAGCUGGUGUAGGUGAGACAGUUUGUGCACUUAUAAUAAUAAGUAGUAACAUCCCAAUUUAUAUUUAUUAACUGCUCAGUGCUUUCUUCUUUUCUUUGUUUCUAAUAAAUAUAUUCCAUGAAAAUGCAAAAUGCUCCCCACCCCUUCCCACGUGAGACCGUUGAAUGUGUUGCAUGUUUCAGGUACAAAGAGUGCUUUUUGUUUAGAGACUGGACCACGCUGUGAAGGUUUGAAGGUUUUACAGAUUUUAAUUUGUCAUCAAACUGAAACUCGUGCACUUAAAUAACUAACACUGUGCAGAACACAUAGGAGACAAGUGUAAUAUCUCUCACCAUAGUGGAUUAAAGCACGGUUGCGUUGGGUCAGGUCUGAUUAAUAUUUUUGCUCUGUACCCGUCUUCAUUUAGCUCUGUGAUAUAAUUUUACAUGCACAGAAAUGAGGGAAUGAUACUUAUUAGAAACUAAUGAAAUAAAUGUAAAGUCCAUUUUGUGUAGAAGCGCUGCCCUCCUGCAAAACACACCCAACAUCAUAGUCCCAUUUAGCCUGUUUAACCUACCUGCUGGUUUUCUUCUUUUCCAACUUCCUGUCUCUUUGUCCUACCUCAGUCCUAUCGCUGUGCUUAGUAUUUAGAUCUUUUCUAUGUGGGAAUUUUGUGGAAAACGCUAAAGGUUUUGUAAAGUUGUGGGAUCUGUAAAUACUAAGAUUUUUGUUUUUUGAAUCAUCUUUAUACAGUAAGAUUAAAAUUAAGUAAUUGUGUGAAUUUGUUUCAGUUGUCUUGGAUGUAUUGCGUUUAUACAGGUUAAGGAUGCCUUCUAUACUUUUUGCACAGUUUGAAAAUCGAGUGUCUUACAAAUCCCAAUGUACACAUUUCUUUUCUUUUAAAUUAAAAAGUCUUGUCAAAUAUGAUAUUUUAGAAAUCAUUAUGCAU